AUGGCCGCAGUGGUUAGCAAGAGAGAGAAAAAUGAGGUUCACUACACGAAGGUUAAAGAGUGCCUUAGCAAGUACAAUCAGAUUAUUUUGUUUGAGAUGAACCCAGUAAGAACCAAAGUCUUGCACAGGAUGAGGGAGAUGACACGCGAUGCUACCAAAAUUAUUUUUGGUAAAAAAUCGAUCAUAAAAAAAGCACUGGAAGGUGCUGAUGAAAAUUUUUUGAAGUGCAUGACUGCAAACACAUUCUUAAUGUUUACGAAUGAAGAGUCCUCCAGGAUGAUAGAUGUUGUUAUGAAACAUAAUGUGGCAGCAUCUGAGAAGUUGAUCCCAAAGGGAAUAUUGAGAAUCAACAAUGUGGCCGCACCUACGGUUAUAAAGAAAAAUCUUGAUAAGCUUAAUUUGACAACCAAAGAGAAAAACGGAAUGCUCAUUUUAGAGAAUGACAUCACCCUGGACACGGAGAGAGACAAAAAAUUGAUAAAACUACUUAAAAUGGAUGACACAAGCAUCAAUAUCAGACCAUUGUGUAUUAUUAGCAAUGGCAACUACCAAAAGAUUUAGGAUAUAAUAAAAAUUUAAACUGAUCUAUUA